UUCGAUGAAUAGUAUCAAGGUUCAGUGGUAGUCACUGGGGUUUUUAGGGUUAUUUGAUGAUCCUGGAGACAAUUUCACUAGGCUCCUGCAAAGCGUUUCAGAAUGUGGGCUAUAAAAAAGUGAUACAUGGCAACUACUAAGGCCAGGCUCAGCAGGCUGUAGUGUCCCAGAGGGAUAGGCAAUGCGUGGCGAGGCCCGUUUUCAAUGUUUGAAACCUUUAACCUACGUGACACACUCGUCUUAUAAAUUUAGAACUACCGAUUGUCGGUGCCUUUGUUGCCUGCAAUGCCACAGACCCAUCGAAGUGUUGCCUUCAGCGGCAAGAAGAAGAAGGAGCAGCUGAAGGCACGCAGGACACGAAAAGUCCUUGUCAAGUCAGGGGAAGAAAGCAGCCAUCCCCCUGAGGUCAAUACAGAGCUGCCCUCCAGUGCCUUAAGUAAGCUCCAGGAAGGAGGUGAAUCAGCAGGUGUGGACUAUUUGGAAGAAGUGGAAUGUGUCAACCAUCAGCCAGACACUCGAAGUAAUGCCAAUAGAUACAACCUCAAGUUCCGCAAGGAAACACAGGAAGAGACCAGGAAGAGGAAGGCUGUUCACCACAUGGGGAUCACACUGGCCUCAGAGUCUGACCUAGAAGCAUCAACAGGGCAAUUUUACCCUUCAGGUCUUGGUUACCCAGCCAGGCCAGAGUGGAACAAGGGCAUGUCAAAAAGUGCAUUGGAUAUUAGUGAGAACAGGCACUUCAGGCUCUUCUGUGAGAAGCUAAACAGGGAGUUUGCAGGAGCUGAUCUGAGCCUUUAUGAACUGAAUCUGGAAACAUGGAGGCAGCUGUGGCGGGUCACAGAGAUGUCUGAUGUGCUGCUGGUCAUUGUGGAUGCUCGCUUUCCGGUGGCCCACUUCCCACCUUACCUGUACCACCAUCUGACAGAGGAAGAAGGGCGAGGCAUCAUCCUCAUCCUCAACAAGUGUGAUCUCCUUCCCCCGGAGUUGGUGGUAGCAUGGGAGUAUUACUUCCACCAUACCUUUCCCAAAUUGCUGGUAGUCCCAUUCUCUUCUCUUGAAGGUCGCCGCCACCCACGGGGCCGGCUCCGAAUGGCUGCUGAGAGCUCACUAAGGCUGGUUGAAGCAUGCCAGCAACUAGUGGGAGAUUCUGUUGACCUCACUCAGUGGAGGAAAAAGAUUGAGGAGGAGAGAGAUGUGGAGUUGGAAGGUGGAGUGGAAACAAUAGAGGACAUCCAGCAGGAGGAGCCACCAAGUACCCUUCCAGAGGUGCACCAGCAUUACAAAGAUGGGAUCCUCACUGUGGGCACCAUUGGACACCCUAAUGUUGGGAAGUCUUCCCUCAUCAAUGCCCUCAUGGGAAAGAAGGUGGUAAGUGUAAGUAAGACUCCAGGCCACACCAAGCACUUUCAGACCAUCUUCCUAACCAAGAAUGUGAAGCUGUGUGACUGUCCUGGUUUGGUAUUCCCCUCGACAGUCACCAAGCCCCUGCAGGUUAUCCUGGGCAGCUACCCUAUAUCCCAGGUACGGGACCCCAUUGGUGUGGUGCACUAUGUUGCUACUCGCCUUGACAUUCCUUCUUGUUUGGGGCUGGACUACUUCAGGGAGCCCAGAGACUCACCAGGAAAGGGAGACAAGUGGACAGCUUUUGAAAUAUGUGAGGCCUGGGCAAGGAAACGAGGAUACUUCAUCCGCUCUAGAGGAGGACCAGAUGCAUUCCGUGCAGCUAAUGAGUUACUCAGAUUUUGCCUCAAUGGCCAGAAGUCCCUUGUACUGUACCUACGGCCUCCUGGAUACAUCUCAGAGAAAGAAAAAUUCAAGUCUGAUCCACGAGUCGAAGACAUAAAGCUAAUCCAAGGAAGUGUGUGCCUGGAGAAAACAGCAUUGGAAGAAGAGGAGGAGGAAGCAGAGAAGUUGCAGGAAGAGGAGGAAGAAAAUAGUGAAGAGGAAGACAGUGAUGAAGAGAGUGAUGAUACUGAAGAAAGAAAAUUGCCUCUACCUAAUGUGCAGAAUAAGUUUUCUCUUCUUGUUGAAGAUGAAUAAACAGACUAACUUAAAUUUUUGAAGUUAAUAACAGCUGUUAUUAUUCUGCUUUUCUUCCAUGAAACUAAAAUGUUGAUUUACAUUUUGAGGCUCAACAAACUUGUACAUUCUAAGAAAAAUUAGGACACACCAGUGUCAUUUUCAUCUGGGGAUAAUUUACUCUGUACAAGGAAAGGAAAUGUUUGUUCUUAUUAAAGAACAAAAUAGGCUUGAAUGAACUUUGGUAAAUAACAAUUAUGCAUUCUAUAAAACAGAAUUUGAUGUCCCCAUAACACAGAACAUACAAUACUGAUGAAAUCCAACAGCUCAGAUUAACAAAAAACAAAGGGCUUUUUUUUUUUAUUCUCUCUCUCUCUCUCUCUCUCUCUCUCUCUCUCUCUCUCUCUCUCUCUCUCUCUCUCUCUCUCUCUCUCUCUCUCUCUCUCCAUGUUGUGAUGGUGGAGGAAAUGGCUGUGAUGAUCACCUAUUCUGUCAAGUGAUUGACUAUUGCAAUGUUUCAUGAUGUGGCUGUGGCUUUUUUUUUUUUUUUCCCAUUAUUGUGCAUGAAGUUUGCAUGAACCCAAAUCAUAAAUUAAGUUAGUUCAUGAAUCUAAGUCAAUAAUUAAUUAGCAAAUAAAAAGUAAUAUAUU